AUGUGUCAUCUGUUAGAAGGAGUGGCCCUAGUCACUGGAGGAGGCUCUGGGAUAGGUCAAGCCACCUGCGUGGCUCUCGUACGGCACGGCGUUAAGCGACUUGCAGUUCUAGACAUCAACGUGGUCGGCCUUCGCGAGACAAAAGAUCUUGUUGAAAGGAUUCGGAGAGUCGACGUGCUUCAACUUCAUGUUGACCUUGCUGAAGAGAAUUCCAUCAUCUCAGGUGUUCAAAGGGCAGUAGAUCACUUUGGGAGAAUCGACAUCCUGAUAAACAAUGCUGCCAGAGCUGGUGCAAUUCGACCUUCUACUGAUGUGGCGACCGGAGACUUUCGCAAGAUCAUUGAUGUCAACCUGAUCGGGCUUUGGGUGUGCCAAAGGGAGGCCAUCAAACAAAUGCUGAAGCAGGAUCCGAUCAAGCAACGUAUAGGACCAGCAUCACGAGGCGUGAUUGUGAAUCUAUCCUCGACUUAUGGCCUCGUUUCGCCUCCUGGGGGACUUUCGACAUCCGCUUAUGUUACAAGCAAGCAUGGAAUAUUGGGCAUAACGAAAACCGAUGCAACUUCUUUUGCCAAAGACGGAGUUCGCAUCAAUGCUGUCUGUCCCGGCUUUGUGAACACACCGGCCAUCAAAGAAGCUGCUCGGGCCAGUCCGCUAGUCCAGGACGAAGAAAAGAAAGUUCCCAUGGGUCGUUUCGGCGAGCCUGAAGAGCUGGCAGAAGUGAUAUGCUUCUUAGCAUCGCCGAUGAGUAGCUAUAUGACAGGCACCAGCGUCGUCGUGAACGGUGGCUUUACAUGCGUUUAA